CACACCGUUCAGAGGGAAAGCUUUUCUUCUCAUAGCAGCAGCGGGGAUUUUCUGACUGCACACACCGGGUAUUCAUCAUAUUAAAAACACGCUCACGGCUGGAAAGAAGGACACUUCCCUUGGUCGUGUAUCCCUCCCCAUCCCACCUCUCUGAUUUGGGCCGUCGUUGCUUUUUUCAUUUUUAUUUUUUAUUUUUGUACGUUUUUUUCCCUUGACAGUUUCUCUGUGGCGUACUCAGGUUUCUUUUGCUGACAUGGUAGAUUAUCACGCUGCCAAUAACCAAUCCUCGGCCGGCGGGGUGCAGACCUACAUGGAGCAGGAGAAUGACUGGGACCGGGACCUGCUGCUGGACCCGGCUUGGGAAAAACAGCAGAGGAAGACAUUCACGGCUUGGUGUAACUCCCAUCUGCGGAAGGCCGGCACGCAGAUUGAAAACAUCGAGGAGGACUUCAGGGAUGGGCUCAAACUCAUGCUACUGCUGGAGGUCAUCUCAGGCGAACGGUUACCCAAGCCUGAGCGAGGCAAGAUGAGGGUCCACAAGAUCAACAACGUGAACAAAGCCCUGGACUUCAUUGCCAGCAAGGGAGUGAAACUGGUCUCUAUUGGAGCAGAGGAAAUUGUUGAUGGAAAUGCUAAGAUGACCCUGGGAAUGAUCUGGACCAUCAUCCUCCGCUUCGCCAUCCAGGACAUCUCUGUAGAAGAGACCUCUGCUAAGGAGGGUCUUCUCUUGUGGUGCCAGAGGAAGACCGCUCCCUAUAAGAAUGUCAAUGUGCAGAACUUCCACAUUAGCUGGAAGGAUGGUCUCGCCUUCAACGCUCUGAUCCACAGACACAGACCUGACCUCAUCGAUUAUGACAGUCUCAGAAAGGAUGACCCAGUGACCAAUCUGAACAAUGCCUUUGAGGUGGCUGAGAAGCACCUCGACAUUCCCAAAAUGUUGGAUGCAGAAGACAUUGUGAACACUGCUCGUCCAGAUGAGAAAGCCAUUAUGACUUAUGUGUCCAGUUUCUACCAUGCCUUCUCUGGAGCACAGAAGGCUGAGACAGCUGCAAAUCGUAUCUGCAAAGUGCUGGCUGUCAACCAGGAGAACGAGCAAAUGAUGGAGGACUAUGAGAAACUGGCCAGUGAUCUGCUGGAGUGGAUCCGUCGGACCAUCCCCUGGCUGGAGAACCGAACCCAAGAAAAGACUGUAAAUGAUAUGCAGGCGAAACAGGAGGACUUCAGAGACUACCGCUGUGUCCACAAACCACCAAAGGUCCAAGAGAAAUGUCAGCUGGAGAUCAGCUUCAACACUCUGCAGACUAAACUGAGACUCAGCAACAGACCUGCCUUCAUGCCAUCAGAGGGACGCUUGGUGUCUGAUAUCAAUGGAGCAUGGCACACUCUGGAAGGAGCAGAAAAAGGCUACGAGGAGUGGAUUCUCAGCGAGAUCAGACGUCUGGAGAGACUGGAACACUUGGCCGAGAAGUUCCACCAGAAGGCUGCCAUCCAUGAAUCCUGGACCGAUGGUAAGGAGGCCAUGCUGACCCAGAAAGAUUAUGAGACUUCCACCCUGUCAGAAGUCAAGGCGUUGCUACGGAAACACGAGGCCUUUGAGAGCGACCUGGCAGCCCAUCAGGACAGAGUGGAGCAGAUCGCUGCCAUCGCACAGGAGCUCAACGAGCUGGACUAUUACGACUCUGCCAGUGUCAACGCUCGCUGUCAGAAGAUCUGUGAUCAGUGGGACGUCCUGGGAGCCCUCACCCAGAGCCGCAAAGAGUCACUGGAGAGGACAGAGAAGCAGCUGGAGUCGAUAGAUGAGCUUUACCUGGAGUACGCCAAGAGAGCAGCACCCUUCAACAACUGGAUGGAGGGAGCUAUGGAAGACCUGCAGGACAUGUUCAUUGUCCACAAUAUUGAGGAGAUUCAGGGUCUGAUCACAGCACAUGAGCAGUUCAAGUCCACCCUGACGGAGGCCAAUAAGGAGCGAGAGGCCAUCCAGUCCAUCCAGGCUGAGGUGCAGAAGAUCGCCCAAAGCAACGGCAUCAAGCUGAGCGGAGCAAACCCCUACACCACCAUCACACCUGAGAGCAUCGACAGCAAAUGGGAAAAGGCGAUGGCCAUGGUGCCUCUGCGUGACAACGCCCUGCAAGAUGAGCUUAAUAAGCAGAACUCCAACGAUACUCUGAGAGCCACGUUUGCCACUCAGGCCAACACAGUCGGAGCCUAUAUACAGGAGAAAAUGGAGGAAAUUGGCAGGAUAUCCAUUGAAAUGAACGGCACUCUGGAGGACCAGUUGACCAACCUGAAGGAGUACCAGAAGAGCAUCAUGUCUUACAUGCCUGAAAUCAACAAGCUGGAGGGAUACCACCAGCUCAUCCAGGAGGCCCUCAUCUUCGACAACCAGUACACUUCCUACACAAUGGAGCACCUCCGUGUGGGUUGGGAGCAGCUGCUGACCACUAUCGCCAGAACCAUCAACGAGGUCGAGAACCAGAUCCUGACGCGUGACGCCAAGGGCAUCAGUCAGGAGCAGCUCUAUGAGUACCGCGCCUCCUUCAACCACUUCGACAAGGACCACAGUGGGGCCCUGAUGGCCGAGGAGUUCAAGGCCUGUUUGAUCAGUCUGGGCUACGAUGUGGAGAACGACAAGCAGGGCGACGGCGAGUUUGCUCGCAUCAUGGGUAUAGUGGACCCCAACGGCACUGGCGCUGUCACCUUCCAGGCCUUCAUUGACUUCAUGUCCACAGAAACGACCGACACGGACACUGCAGACCAGGUCAUCGCCUCCUUCAAGAUCCUGGCCGCUGAUAAGAACUACAUCACGGCCGAGGAGCUGAGGAGGGAGCUCCCCCCUGACCAGGCGGAAUAUUGUAUCGCCCGCAUGGCACCCUACACGGGGCCUGAUGCCGUACCCGGAGCCCUCGACUACAUGUCCUUCUCCACCGCCCUGUAUGGAGAGAGCGAUCUGUAGAGGAGGCAAGAGGAAGAGGAGGGCUGAAAAGAUGAGGGGGGUAGAGAGGAGGGAGCGUGUGGGGGAGGGCAGGGGGGGGAGGGAAGGGAAGGUAGAGAGUUCUUCUGCGUGCAGAGGAGGCGCCAGGAAUCAAGCAUUUUGAGGAAUUUGAGUGGUGAUUGUGAGGUGCCCCUGCGUGUGCCGGUUUAGAAAUCAUCAGAAAUUUUUAAGACUCUGAGCUUGUUGAUUGAACUGUAGUUAGGUUUGGCCUCGGCCAAAUGUUUUCCAGCUCCGUUAUGUCAUAAACAGAUCGAAAGUAAUCAAGGUUAAUUUUUCAUUAAAGUUUUAUAUGAACAGGCAUAUCCAGGGGCAGCUGUGGGACAGGGGGACAGCUGCUCUGUAGUAUGGGUCCUUAGCUUCACCCUCUCUGCCUUUUGUGGGGUUAAACUGGGGAGGGACAGGGGUCAGGACUUUGGGUGGGUGGGGGGGGACACAAGCUAAUCUGAUACUUAUGCUAAUUUUUGUUUAUUUUAUUAUAAUUUUUUCUUCUUGCCAGCGGGGGUGGGGGUGGUUCAGGGUGUUAGGCGGGGAGCGGGGCGGUGUGGGGUUUGAUGUGGCAACUGGCGAGGUUUGUGUAUUAGAUCCUAGAGAGAUAUAUGCUGUGGGGGCCAGGGUUUGGGAGGGUUGGAGGGAGGGAGAGGGUGAUCAACCAGAGAUAAAAUUACAUAUUUACCCAUAAUUCCCGUGUUGCUGGAUAAGGUGACCUGUUUAACCUCAGCUCUUUUCCUCCUCCUGUCUUUGUUUAUUUCCCUUUUUUUUGUUUGUUUGUUUGUUUGUUUGUGUCCUGGAGCAGGUGGGUGGAGGGGUGGGGACGGCGGUCAGUAUGGGUGGGAGGGCGGGUCUCAGCUCUGUACAUACUUAUUUUUUCAUCGCAAAGAAUGUCUCAGCUGUUGAGGGUAAUUGAUCAAAGGCUUUCCAGUAGGACAAAACAGAGUGAUUUAUAAAAAAAAAUUUAAAAAUAAAAUGAACAAAACAUUAAAAUUGAAAAGCCAGUGAUAGCAACACGGGGAGCAGUUUCACCAGUGGAUAGGUUUGAGCUUCCGGAAGUCUUUUCUGAAGUUUUUUUUUUUUUUUUUUCUUUUAGCAAUGGGACAUAUUUAUGGAAGAAGCUGGUAGACAUGAAGUUGAGGCUAACAUACCUAAAGGCCUUCCUGUAUAAAUCCCAUGACUGGCAACAUCAUAUGUAUCCACAAAUAUUUGCUUCUGUGAAACUAUUCUCCUCCUGGGGUGGGCAUCAGGUGCUUAUUUAAAUACAAAAACUAUACAUUUAUAUGAUAGGUAAGAGUGUAGUAGUCAAUGUUAGUCCACUUUUAUAUACCAGAAAUCAUACACACAUACAGAAAUAUAUACACGUCAUGUCAUUGAUGCAUUUGAUUGACUGAAUGAAAGUCCUUCCUGGAUUUUUUUUUUAAGGGUUACCGUGGUAACGGCACUUGGAGAGCUCCCAAUGUGACUUUAGGAAAAGUGGUAGAAGUAAUAAAAAAUAAACAACAAACGAACAAAAAAAAUGUGCCUAUUGGUGGCCACAGCCCUGUCCCUCUCUCUCUCUUACUCUCUCCCUACCUCACUCUCCCGCUUCCUCCCCCCUCUCUCCCCCAUCCCUCCACCUCCUUAUUUGUGUCUGAAGAGAAGGGAAGGAAAAUUAACGAUAAGGAAGGAGGGAGGGUAAGGAUCAGUGAGGGGUCUUUAUGUAAACAUUCCAUUAUGUGCAAAUAAAAAAUAUAUAUAUAUAAAAAAAAGAAAAAACAGAAAUUGUCAUGUAAAAAAAAAACUAUGCAAUCAUAAUGUGUUGAAUUCUGAGUUCUGGGGAAGGAUGUGGGCAUCAAUCAGGCCCUUUCUGCAAAAGUUCCCUGUCUAAAUUAAACUGAGGAGAAUGGAUUUCUCCAGUGUCUGUUGGCUGUUAGGGGGAGAGGAGGGGGAGACUGGGAAGGAACUGAGAGGAAAAGACUUGGACCAAAAGCUUGUUUCUUUUUUUUUCUUUCUCUUUUUUUUUUCCCUGUGAGGUUGGAGAGAAAUGAACUCUGGAAUUGUGAUUUUUUUUUUCCUUUUUUUUGUACUCUUUAAUAUCAAACCUUAUCUGCUGUACUGGAAACUGCAACGCCUUCUGUCUCUAAUGAUAAGUGAGUUUCACAAAGCACACAUAAAAGUUUCCUUACAAAAUA